CACAGACCAAAGAGCAGAGACAGAGCACUGUUCUCCCGGCGUUAAAAUAUAAUACUUGCAUUUGCUAGAGUGCAAGUAGCGCGUGUAGUUUGUGAUAAGUUAGAGGUGACUGGAAUAACUCACGGCUGAAACAAGAACAACACGACUACACCCGGCGCCACAAUGACAAGUCGAGCAUGGGUUACAUUAGCCACAAACGAUUCAUACGGUCUUGGAGCCUUAGUGCUGGCGCAUUCACUGCGUCGCGCUGGCUCUGCCUAUCCAGCCGUGGUUCUUAUCACACCUUCCGUCACUGAGCCGAUGAGGGAACGUCUUAAUGCCGUGUUCGCUGAGGUCGUGACAGUAGACGUAUUAGACUCCGGUGACGCUGCACACCUGGCCCUGCUACAGCGUCCCGAGCUUGGGAUUACCUUUACAAAAAUCCAUUGUUGGAAUCUCACUCAAUACGAGAAAUGCGUGUUCCUGGACGCCGACACUCUGGUGGUCCAAAACUGUGACGAACUAUUCGAUCGGAAGGAACUCUCGGCCGCCCCCGACGUUGGCUGGCCCGACUGCUUCAACUCGGGUGUGUUCGUCUUCAGACCCUCAGCGGAAACUUACAGCAGUUUGAUCACAUUUGCUCAAGAGCGCGGCAGUUUCGAUGGUGGCGAUCAGGGGCUGCUGAACUCUUACUUCUCCGACUGGGCGCACGGCGACAUCAACAAACACCUUCCAUUCCUGUAUAAUGUUACAUCCGCAGCCUUUUAUUCAUAUUUGCCUGCUUUUAAACAAUAUGGGCAGAACCUUAAAAUUAUUCAUUUCAUCGGCGCGGCCAAGCCUUGGCUACAACAUUUCAAUUGGGAAUCUCGUAAUGUGGACGCACCGGAACAUUUGCGCGAAUUUCUCCAACUGUGGUGGGACUUAUUUGUUUCACAAGUCCACACUCAACUCGAUCCCUCUAUGAGUGGUGUUGCGGGUAAUUUAGCGCGAGUUUCACCCGAUGCGGUUGCAAUGCAACAGGAGGCAAUCGAUGAGCUAACUCGACGGCAAGGAUGGGAAGCAGGCAGUAUCGAUUAUAUGGGUGCUGAUUCAUUCGCUAAUAUCUGGGCGAAGAUUUCGCAAACCCUGAGCCAAGCUCCGGCCCCAGUUCAAAAACUGCCCACUCCGCCACCAGAAGAGCUCCCAUCUGCAAAAGAGUCUGAUGAUCAACCAAAGGCUGUUGUAACUGACGCCUUUUUGCCAACUACUGAUGAACAGCCAAUAGAAACUAAAGAUGAUUCUAGUAAAGAGAAAACCCCUGCUGAAUCGUCUGCACCAACACAACCUUCUAUUCCAGUAGAUAGGCCUGUUACUUCAGAUAUAACAGCUGCAUCAGAAAGUACUGUGUCUUUGGAAGCAAUAAAACAACCUGCAGAAGCAGCGCCAAUAAAUGUUGCAGCUUCAGUCACCAAGUCUAUCUCUCCAGAAGCGCCUGCUGACGUUAAAACUUCGUCCAUAGAAGCUACAUCCGUAGCUCCCAUCUCCGAAGAGACUUCUACUUCCAUUGAAGCUCCUCUUUCGAAAUGCGACAUAUCAAAAGAUAUUUCUAAGGUUCCUGAAGAUUCACCAGUGGAAAUACCAGUGCCAGUCGUAGAGGCAGUUCUUGCUGAAGUAGCCGCAUCCACUGAUUCUGCUACUCCAACAAGUGAAAUACCUAAGCCAGUGAUUGAAGCUUUCAGUGAUGCCGAGAGUCUUAAGGAAACUAAGUCUGAGACUACAACCAUUGUAGCUGCAUCGGAGAAGACCGUGGAGCCCCCAAAAGAGAAAUCUGACGAGAGUGUUAAACCACCAGAACCUGAAGCGCCUAAACAAGGUCCUAAAUCUGUGCUUGCUGAAUCUGUUCAGGUUGAAACUUCUGCAGCAGAUCCAAAAUCACCCGCUGUGGCCGCUGAAGCCCCAGCAAGUCCUGCAAUUGAAGAGUCAACUAAAACUGAAGACAAACCGUCUCAGCCUGAAGAUGUACCUGUUACGAGUGCUACAGAUAGUCCUCCAUUAGCAAACACGCCAUCUAAAGAAGAAAUACCCACAGAGCCUGCUGCUAAAUCUACCGAGGAGGCAGCGCAAGAGACGCGGCUUUGAUAGAAAAGCGGAAGAGCGCCGCAGACCCGUGGGGAAGCUGCACCUCUGCCCCCCCGUCGCCGCCGACCCACUCCCCACCCCCGAUAGCGAGCUAGAAGACGCGGACACACUCGCGCAGUCCAUUAUAGCCAGCGAACUGCGCACGCCCACUGUAACAUCGCCAUCGCCUCAAACCCCAGCCUCACCUGCGCAACCGAAACAAGAGAAACGGCUCUCCGUCGAAGAACCCAAAGUGCCGACACCGCCUAUAGGCUCAGUGUCGCUGUCCCAGAUCGGGGUCAAAUCUGCAAAAGAGAAAUCUACUAUUGCGGCCCAGAUAGAAUCUUCUAUUUCGGAUAAGCCGAUGCCCGCGUCCCCGACGACGACUGAUCCUAAGGCGUCGGUCGAAGCGCCUAAGAAGAAAGUCGUGAAGAAGGUGCUCAAGAAGGAUAGCGCUACGAGCGGCGAUGCGCCCGUUCCGCCGCCGCGCAAGAAAGAAAAGAAGCCCAAAGAAUAAUGAGCGCUCGCGCCACGCUCCCGAUAGUUCCUCUGUGCCAUAACUGUAACCUCUCCUAAUGUUAACGUGCCUAUUUAAUUUUCGAAUACUAUGCUUUUAUGUUUUACAAUUUAACUUUUAUAAUUUACUAUAUCGCGUCGCGUUAUUCUAUUUUGUUAGUAAGUUUUGUAUGUACGCAUUAUACGCUAUUAUUUUAUUUAUUAUUUAUAUUUUUACCGAGUCGGAUAAUUUAGAUAAUUGGUUUUAAAUUUGAUUUUAAAAUUAAAAAUUAUCUACCAAAGGACGAGAGAUUUAUUAUUGAUUAUAAAGAUUUUUUUAAUGAAAUUUUGUAUUAAAAUAUUAUAAAUGGAUAUGUUGUUUUAUUGUACACAUUAAAGCGAAUUUAAUAUAACCUGCACCUAUAUUACGCUCGGGAGCUCAGGAUCAUCAUUUCUGGAUUGUGGCAGCCAAAGACUAUUGAGAACGCUGAGGGGCCUAUGUUCAGCACACUGUACUCUGUGGUGCAGCAUUGAGGGCAUCUACAAAUCUUUCUGUCACCAGAGCGGCUCCACCUUGGAAUGUGUGACAUUUGACAGACAAUUAGAUUAAAAUGAUUGAUUUGAAUCUUUUUUCUGAUUUGAAAAGUGUAUAGAAUAAUGUUUCUGAAAUAUUAGUUAUAUAUUUUAUAUUUUUAGUUUUUUUUUUAUUAGUUAUAAUUUAGAUUAGAAAUGGGUAAACUAAACUACGGAUAUUCCUGAAAAUAGAAAAAUUAAAGAACACAUCAC